CACGCACGGUGAAGAGCUUGGGCAUCCACUGGCUAAGGAGCCUGCAAACUCUCACGUUGGGAGGCAAGGGGAAAAACGAGCUGAAGAGCCUUGGCAUCAGUGUUCUAAAAAACUUGAAUUGACUUCGUAUUUCAACGAUUCAAAUUCGCCUACGCAAACGGGAACGAACCAAGCUUCGAUGUCGUCGCAAAACAGCGUUCCGUUCACCGACAUUUCGGAGUUCAAAAUUGUGAAAAUUUUGCGCCACGAUCGCUUCUGCGUUGACCUGCUGGUCAGACAUGACGCUCUGCCUGCCAUGGCCACGAUUCGCUUGCAGAAGACGCGUUUCGACGUUGACGAGCGCAGGCUGCAGGAGGUGAUCGCCAGCUGCCGCUGCCUGAAGGAGCAGCUGCGCAACGACGUCUUCAGCCAACACACCGCCCACCUACCGCCCCCCCUCAACAGUGAGCACGCUAAAGUGGAAGUCUCCAUCAAAUAUCCUGUUGCUAAGUAUGAACUCGAGGUGUUCGAAUCCCAUCACAUGGUCAUAGUGAAAGAAACAGCGCAACUCUACGAGUCGCACUCCAAGGGCUACAUCUGUAGGAAAAAAGCUUCGCAUAAAAAGUGGAUCCUGAACAUACUUGAGGGCAAUUGCGAGGCGAACCGCGUGAUCCUGCGAGACGCCGACCCCCAGCUCGGCUUCGUGCUCAUCAAAGACAUCAAGUGGACGGACGAGUGUGCGGACAACCUCUUCUGCCAGGCCAUCGUCAACCGCAGAGACCUGGCCUCCAUUAGAGACCUGACGGGGGACUGUCUGCCGCUCCUCUACAACAUCCGCGACCAGGGCACGGUGGCCAUUGAGGAGAAGUACGGGGUGAAGGCAGACCAGCUGCGCGUGUACCUGCACUACCUGCCUUCCUUCUACCACCUGCACGUGCACUUCGCCUCCCUCAGCUUCUGCCAUGAAGGCAUGGAGUACGGCAAGGUGCACGUGCUGGACACGGUCAUCAGUAACCUGGAAAUGGACCGGCAAUACUAUCAGAAAGUAACUCUAAAUUUCGUGGGUUAUGAUAGCCACCCGCACCCUCUGCUGCGUAGGACGACACCUCACGUGGACGGUGGAGCCUUCAGGCCAGUCUACGGCAAGAGGAAGAGACCCGAGGACACACCAUCACGCGACGCAGCUGCUGCAGGAGACUGCGACUCGCCCGUCAAGCUGCCUCGAAAGCGAAGAAGGACGCGCAAUUUGACGGCGCCUCGCGAGAAUUUGGAGACUCGAAUAGGCGCUCCUGGACCUGAUGGUUACAACUUAGGCUCAUGUGGUAACAAGGCGAUGUACACUAAAUCUAGAGAGUCUAUUGAUGAGCCAGUGCAUUAUUACCACAUGUUGCGGAGAGAAGAAGAGACACAAGGUGUCAUAACUCAUCAGGCUUCUGAUUUAGUGAGGCUGAACGAAGGUGAGCUCCAUAAAAAGAUUGAAGAAAUCGUGGAGACGAGGGUGGAGGAGCAGGUGCAGGCGGCGCUAACGAAACAUCUCGCAAGAUUGGAGGAGGCAGCUGCUGCUGAAGCGUGGGUGUACGAAGACAAGACGAGUGAUUUACGGUCAAAGCUGAGGAAGCGAAGUCAUGAGCGUAAGGAGCAGCCGGCGGUGCCAGUGCACUUCAGGCUCGGUCAGAGAGAAUAAGCAAAGUGAGAAUAAACAGGAUUUCUUUUGUUCAGUUGGCAUCAGUCCCAUCGCAGGAGUGAGAUGACACGUCGCUCAUCACACAGGAUUUCGCAGGAAUUUUAAAUUCACGAAGAAUUUAAGAAGAAUCACGGAUUCACGAAGAAACACGGAAAAAUUCACAGAAUAUUUCACAAAGAAAUUCACAGGAAUUUUAAAUUGAAUUUCUAAGUAGGUAAUUUAGUUCCAAAAAUUCCAACUCAAAUAAUUACAUGUUGUUUCCUUGAAUUGAGAUAGAGGAUAUUUGGAAAGGAUUUGAAUUCAAUUUUUUUUUCAAAUUGCAAUUUAUUAGAAACCUAAUUUCAAUUUAUACCGUGCCAAGGACGAUAGAUGGCAAUAUUAAACAAUCAAGGAC